CCAUUUCUCUCAUAUCCACACCCACACCCACACCCACACCCACACCGAAGGCGAAGUAGUUAUCUUACCUUACGUACUAGAACCCUCUGAAAACACUCUUGAAUUUCUUCUCUGUCCCGUCCUUUGUUGUCUCGGUGAAAGAAAGAAAGUAGGAAAGAAAAGGCUUUUAUCUUUUUGGCUUGGAAGAAAAAGAAGAAGAAGAAGAAAAAUGGCAGAUGAUAGCACAGCUACCUGCAUAGAUAUCCUCUUAGCCAUCAUAUUACCUCCUCUUGGAGUCUUCCUCAAGUAUGGUUGCAAGGUGGAGUUCUGGAUCUGUCUUGUACUGACCCUCCUUGGAUACCUCCCUGGUAUCAUUUAUGCAGUCUAUGCCAUCACCAAAUAGUCAUCUAAUUCCAUCUUCUAUAAGUGGCGAUUCGGUGUAUGAAUCUUGUUUCAAAAUGUGUGUUGAUUGCGGCAUUCUUCUUCUUGUUGCCACUUGGUUGGCCUUUAUUUGUUUUUAUAAAUUCAAUAGUUUGUUUGUCAAAUUGAUGUAAAGCUGUGUUAAGCUUGAUGAUAAGUGGGGGCUGUCAAAUUUGUCAUGUUAUGUUAGUGUCUGUGUCCUGGCCAAGACAAUGAUGUACUAGUCCAUUACCCAUUGUUUCCUUUUCAUCAAAUUAUUUAGUGGGUUGUUACUUUUUGUCAAUUUAAUGUGAAACCAAUAUAUUGCCCAUUCUCAAGUGUCCCAAUUAAUAAAGAAUUCUUCUCCUUUAA